UCUCAACAACUAUGUCUGCGAACACCCGCCAUACAAAGUGCUCAUGGUUUCAAAGUCGCCAUUGGUCAUCUACAUAAAAGACUUGAUCACUCCGCCAGAACGUGCUCACCUGUUGAAUCUGACGUAAGCGUGUUUACAUGUGGCCUAUUUGAAGAAAAAAACAGCAUAGGCUCACCACACCACAGUGAAAAAACCUUCACCCGUUCCGGUGUGACGAGGGGCAACUCCAAAAGCCAUCUCUCCGUCCGGACAUCACAAAGCACCACUGCACCCCGCGAUGCGGUAGUGAGAUGCAUUGAAUCCCGAGCCCUCGCCUUCCAGGGCUACGACACACCCGAGACACACCUGGAACCCCUCCAGCUGGUCAAAUACGGCCCAUCAGAACGCUACCACUUUCACACCGACUGGUUCACAUCCUCUUCCCAUACCCAAGGUCUCGGAGGAAACAGGGUCAGCUCUUUCUUCGCCUAUGUUCAUGUCGCCAACGAUACCAUGGGUGGCGGGACCAACUUCCCAAGGUUAGACGCCCCUGCGAACGACAAGUGGUGCCAGGAGGGGAUCGUAGACUGCGAUGAGGAGUGGGAGAACGGGGUGACGUUCCGGCCUGUUGAGGGCAAUGCCAUUUACUGGGAGAAUCUGCUGCCGGAUGGGCGGGGUGAUGAGAGGACUCUCCAUGCUGGGCUGCCUGUGCUUUCGGGAGGAAAGGUGGGAAUGAAUAUUUGGACGAGACAAGAACCUUUACCUGAGGGAAUAAAGGGUGAUGAUUUGUGA